AUGUUUUUUAUUUUGUUAUCAUUUUUACCCUAUAUGCUUAAAGGAGAAUGGAUUCAAAUUGAUUCAAGUUUUUAUGAUACAUCUGUCUCAAGCAAUAAUUGGAAAACAAGAUAGGAUUGCUCUUGCAAUAAUAAUUGUAGUGAAGAUUUUUAAUAGGACUAAUGCUCUUCUAAUCCCUUAUAAUACAAUAAAUUAAAAAAAGACAGAGAAAGAAUUGAAAAAACAUUUAGUUAACAGAGUUUUUAAGUUUAUGUAAUUUUUGAUGCUUACUUCAAUCAUGCAGAUUCUUCAAAGGAUUCUGAUUUUUAUGUUACCUACAGAGAAGACUCCUCAUCCUCCACAAUAAAUUUAUAUACAAAAUAAUAUAAAGCAUCGGACCUAAAUUAAUUAGCUAACAGAAUAUGCACAGGAGGUGGGGAUUAUGAAUUUGAUUUAUAUACAGUUGUAAGUACAACAAUUACCAAUGCUGCUAAUAAGUUUUCUAUUAAAUUUUGUUUAAAUCCAGAAAAGGAUGAAGAUACUAUUUUUCUUAGAAACAUAUUAGUUUAUGUUAAUAUUUGCUAUCCAACUUGUAAAACUUGCUCAACUUCUACUACCUGUUCCUCAUGUUAUUAUGGUUCUGUAUCAUCAGGUUCUUGUGGAUGUGAUCCUUCUCAUUAAUUUGCGCAAACAGCAGUGGGAUGUCGUUAAGAAUGUGAAAGAGACUAUUAUAUAGCAAGAUCAGAUAGUAUUUGUGUUCCUGAUAGAAGGAUUAAAUCUAGUGUAAAGUACUUUGAUUCCAGUUCGAUAUCAUCCUCAGAUAAUCCUAGAUAUCAGCCUUUCGUCUUUAUACCAGAUAUUUUUCACUAUUAAAAUACUGACUUAGUUUAUGAUGAUUGUGACAGCGAUGAUUUUGUUGGAGAAUUAUUCUUUAAUGAAGGUAUGCAGUUAUCCUUAGGUAAAAUAAAUGCUAUUAAGUUUAUAAGAUUAAGAGUAACUUUUUAUUGUUUUAGUUUUUAAACCAACAGCAAAAUUUAAUUUUUUGUAGAUAAUAUCUAAUAAGGUGAAUUAUUGAAAACCUCAUCAUCUUAUUCUUAUAAUCAAAUAACCAAAAUUUUUACUGAUUCCGAUUCCUGUGAUUCUAAAUCCUAUACAUUAAUAAGAAUUGAAGCUAUUUUCAGGACUUAUUCAGAUAGCCCAUAAUUAAUUUUUUAAGGAAAACUAUAAUAAUCUAGUGAAUCAUGGGGAUUUAGAAAUGUCACUAUUGAUGUUGGUCUAUGCUAAGAAAACUGUAAAAUUUGUUCAGACUUUGCUACAUGUUCUUAAUGUGAAUCUGGGUAUACUAAGUUUUAAAAUGGAUGUGUCAGUAGUUGUCCAGCAUAUUCUUCAAAUUGCGUUGAUUAUGCAGAUAUGAUAUCAUAUUCAAGAUACUUAGCAAAAGGUUUUUACGAUUUAAAUAUGACAAUUAGUGAUGUUGAAUCUUUUUAUGAUACAGUCACAACUACUGGCAAUAACCAGAAGACAGGUUAAAAGUUUUCAUUCUUUCCGAAUAAAUUUGUAUUGGGAGGAGUAAUGGUAUGGAGAGAUGCAAAAUAUCACAAUUCAUGGCCCAUCUCUAAACCUCACUAUGCAAUCACUAUAAGAUUUAAUCUAACAUAUGGAGAUGAAUAUUCAGGAAACUUUUAUUAUAAAAUUGGAACGACCACUAGUGCUGCCUUUACAAAGCCUGGCAGUGGAUACAAUUUAAUUGGUAAAAAUAAAGAAGAAAGAGUUAGAUAUUUUGAAAUUUAUAAAAAUCCUUUUACAGAUCCUUCAUUGGAUUUAGAAUUAUAAUGCACGGGAGGAAAUGCAGAUUUUAGAGAAGAAUUUUGUGCUAUAUCAGAGUAUUUUAUUGUUGUUCAUUAUUGCCCUCCAUUUUGUUCAGCUUGUACUAGUGCAACUGCUUGUACUACUUGGGAUUCGGGACAUACUAGUUCCUCUUGCUUAUCUAAUCAAUUUCUGUCUUUUGAUUCAAGUACAUAGAUCUAUAGUUGUGUAACAUGUAGUUAAACUGGAUGUUUAACAUGCAAAAGUUUAGAAGAUUGCACAUCUUGUACUUAUACAGCUACAAAUCAAUUUUACUUGGUAAAUGGUAUCUGCUAAUGUUAUCCAUUUUUAUAUCUUUCAGGUACCUAAUGUACUUAAUGUAAUAAGUACUGCGAAAAUUGUAAUGGAGCAGGAUAAACUAAUUGCAUAACAUGUGUUUCAGAUUUUCAUAGAUCAAUCUCUUUUAAUUAAUGUCUAUGUUAACCUGGCUUUUAUGAUGAUGGAGUUAAUUUGCCUUGUCUUCCAAUAUGUGGAGAUAAAUUGGUUGUAGAUGGAGAGGAUUGUGAUGAUGGAAAUUAUAAUCCUUUUGAUGGAUGUUAUAAUUGUUAGUUUAGUUGUGAUUUUGGGUGUAGUAUAUGUGUAAAAGGUAUUUGUGAAGAUUGUAAAUCUGGAUACUAACUAACAGAAAACAAUUGUGUUAGCAUAUGUUAAGAUAAUAUUAUUGUAUAAGAUGAAGAAUGUGAGGAUAAUAAUUUGACACCUUAUGAUGGAUGCUUUAAUUGUAAAUUUUAAUGUCUUAACCAUUGUGUUACUUGUACCUUCGGUGUAUGUACAAAAUGCGAUGAAUAAAAUGGAUGGUAUUUAGAAGAUAACAUUUGUUAACCAAAAUGCGAUGAUGGAAUAGUUACUCUUGAAGUAGAAUCAUGUGAUGAUAAUAAUGAGAAUCCAAAUGAUGGUUGUGAUAAAUGUGAAUAUUCAUGCAUACUGAAUUGUUCAUAAUGCUAAAAAGGUAAAUGUUUAUAUUGCGAUUCUGGUUAUACUUUAAUCUCAAAGACUAAUGUUUGUAUUCCAACAUGUGGAGAUGGACUGGUAGUUAGUAGUGAAAUAUGCGAUGAUGGAAAUAUCAUUAAAUAUGAUGGUUGUUUUAAAUGCUAGUUAAGUUGUUAAGAUUCAUGUUCUGACUGUUAAAAAGAAGGAUGCUUAGAAUGCAAUACAACUGGAUGGAUGUAUAAUCCAUUGGAGAUGAGAUGCGAAACAAUUUGUGGAGAUGGCAUUAAAGUCAAAGAUUAUGAGGAAUGCGAUGAUUUACUGGAUGAAAAUUGUUAUUAAUGUAAAUAUUAAUGUUAAGAAUCUUGCAAAACUUGCUAUCAAGGAUUUUGUUUGAAAUGCAAUAAAGGAUGGACUUUAAAUUCCUUAGAAAAAUAUUGUUAUCCAACAAGUGGAGAUUCAUUAAUUGUUGGUUCUGAAUAAUGCGAUGAUUAUAAUUAGAUGUUAUAUGAUGGAUGCUAUCUCUCCUAAUAUUAAUGUCAAGAGACAUGUUUGACCUGUUACAAAGGAUUAUGUUAAAAUUGUGUUAUUGGCUAUUAUUUAUAUUCUAAUAAAUGUUAUGAAAUUAGUGAUGAUGGCAUUGUUAUUGGAAAGGAGUAAUGUGAUGAUCAGAAUUUAGUAGCAUAGGAUGGUUGUUUUUAAAAUAGAUUUGAUUGUCCAAAAUAUUGCUCUUCUUGUGUUUAUGGACAAUGUCAAAAAUGUCUCACCUCCUCUGGUUAUGGUAAAGUGGAUUAAUUGUAAAAUUAGUGCGUUUCGUUUUGUGGAGAUGGAAUAAAGUCUAUUGAAGAAGAGUGCGAUGAUGGCAAUGAUAUGCAAUAUGAUGGAUGUUUUAAUUGUUAAUAUUCUUGUGAUGCCUAUUGCGAUAUUUGCAAUCAAGGGAAGUGUGAUCAAUGUCUUAAUGGAUAUUAUUUAAAUACUAAAACUAACACUUGUUAUAGCAUUUGUGGUGAUGCAAUAGUUGUUUUUAAUGAAUAAUGCGAUGAUGGAAACAAAAUUAGUGAUGAUGGAUGUUCUGAUUGCAAUUACUAAUGCCAUAAAUAAUGUACAACUUGUAUAGAUGGUCUAUGUUAUUAAUGUACUGGAAUUGGUUGGGAGAUAAAUACACUUAUUAGGGAAUGCUAGCCAGUUUGUGGAGAUGGAAUUGUAAUAGGAAAUGAGUAAUGUGAUGAUGCUAAUGAUAUAGGAGAAGAUGGAUGUUAUCAAUGUUAUUUUGAGUGCUAAAAACAAUGUACUAGAUGCAUUAAAGGAUUUUGUGAAGAAUGUAAUACUUUAGGUUGGUAGUUGGAUUGGAAUUAUUGCAUUCCUAUUUGUGGAGAUAAACUUGUUAUAGGGAAUGAAGAAUGUGAUGAUGGUAAUUAAAUCCCAUAUGAUGGAUGUUUUGAAUGCAAUUAUCAAUGCUAACCAGAAUGUACCGAUUGUUAAUUAGGAGUUUGUUACAAAUGUGGUGUAUAAGGAUGGGAUAUAGAAAAUCAUAUUUGUUUUCCUGUUUGUGGUGAUGGAUAUGUUGUUAAAGGAUAGGAAUAAUGUGAUGAUGGCAAUACUGUAGAAUUCGAUGGUUGUUUUAUGUGUUAAUAUCAAUGUGAAGAGAUGUGUACCACCUGCGAGUUGGGUAUUUGCUAUGAAUGUGACGUUUUUGGUUGGGUCAUUGAAUAACACAAAUGUACUCCUUAUUGUGGAGAUGGAGUUGUUAUUGGAUAUGAAUAAUGUGAUGAUAUGAAUGACGACUUUAAUGAUGGUUGUUACAAGUGUAAAUUAGCUUGUGAUUAAUAUUGUACAGAUUGUUUGGAAGGAAUUUGUCAAAAGUGCGAAAUCGGGAGGUUUGUAGAUCAGAACAUUUGCAUAGCUUAAUGUGGAGAUGGUGUUUUUGUAAAAUCUGCUGAAGCUUGUGAUGAUGGUAAUUUUGAUGAUGGAGAUGGAUGUAAUUCAUAAUGUUUAAUUGAAAAUGAUUUUGUUUGUUUUAACAAUGAGGGUACCUUCUCGAACUGCUUUUAUUCUAAGUAACCUUCCUUUACGAUCAAUCUAGUAACUAAAGCUCCAGAAGAUUUCGAAGAUGUACAAGUUAAAUUUGAUCAAAAAAUGAAGUAUGCUAGUAGCAUAAAUAAUGACAUCUCAAAUUUCGUAAUAACAGACAUCCUUAAUAUGGAGAAUAGCGAAUUUCAGAUUACUUAAUCAGUGAUGAAAGCGAGUCCAUCAGAUGAAAUUACUGAAAUUGUUCUAAAUUUUAAGAUUAAUUUCUUUGUACCUGUUGAUAGUCCAGUUUUUUAAAUUAAAUUCAUUGAUGAACCAAUACUCUCUGAAUUCAACUUAACUCUCAAAGAAUCUUAAGGAACAUUAGUCUUACUGACCCCAUCAGUCUUAAGUUAAGCUUAAAAAGCUAUUGCUUAAAGUGCCUCAGCCUUCAACUAAGCUGUCAUCUACUCAUUAGCAGGAUUAUCCUCCUUAUGUUUGCUAACAGGCUCUUCAGAUAUCUUUUGGAAUCUCAUGGAUUAAUUACAAUAUUUAUCCUACAUCAAAUACAUCAACAUCCAAUUUCCAAACAAUCUUAAUAUUUAUUUUGAUGUUUUUAAAUUGAUUACCAUUUCCCCUCUAAUGUCAGCCUUUGGAAUCGAUAAAUUUUUUAACUCCUUAGAUGGAGAUGCUACAUAUUUCAUACCAACGAUGAAUAAAUUUCAAAAGGACGAAAUUAAUGCAUACUUUUUUACAAACUUCUAGAGCUUCCUUUUUUGUUUUACUUCAGCCUUUGGAGGUUACUUGGCCACUAAAUAUAUUCACAUUUUAUUAUAUAAAAUUGGGCCAUAUUAUGUUUCCAAAAUUAAUCUAACAAUAGGAAAAUUAAUUUAUUCUACAAGGAGAAGUUUAAAAUAGAAAUCCAAAUAGUUUUACUAUAAUGGAAUUCUAAGAAUAAUCAUGUCAAAUUCUUAUGAUGUUUGCUUUGCCACUACCAUUCAAUUGUCAUAUUUUCAAAGUCAAGAUUCAGUCUUAGUAAUCAACUCUUAUUUGUCUCUUUUUGUUUUUACUACUUACAUUUUAAUCUCAUUAUAUACUUUCCAUGUAAUGCAAAGCUUUUCAAGUACUUCAACACUAAAAGUCAAAAAUAAAUUCGAUGCAUUGUUUGAAGGAGUCUAAGAAUCAAAAUCUGUAUGGGUUACCCAAUUCAAUGCAGUGUUGCUUAUUAAAAAAAUGGUUUUCAUUAGUUUGAUAGUAUUUAUGUAAAAAGAAGGCCAACUUUAAACCCUAUGUAUAGCAAUUAAUUAGACCUUAUUUUUGUGUUAUCUCAUUGCAAAUAGGCCUCUGUCAAAUUAAUAUGAAUAUUAUAAAAACAUCAUUACUGAGUCGUUGAUCAUAUUCAAUACUAUCACAUUUCUAUUUUAUGCUUACAGAGUAGAAAUGUCUCUAACCUUAGAAAAUUCGAUAAGUCUAGGAUGGCUACACAUUUUGACAUCCACAUCAAUUUUAGCUGUAUCAUUUAUAUUCGACUUUAUUCAAUAAUCUAAAUUGGUAUUAGAAAAACUAAGAAAGGCAUUUCAAGGUCCAAAAGUUGAAGAAUAAGGUGCUGCAGUUACACUAUUUUAUUGA